AUGAGUUUUGUUAUCCAGUCGGACAAAACGUGUUUAAGUGUGAAAUAGAUCAUAGCACUCAUUAAAUAUUGUUUCACAAUACCCAGAUUGGAGCUCGACCAACACCCAUUCUUUUCCUUCUCGGCUAUCAUGGGAAGGUUUCUUCUACUUUUCCUUGUUUUGUUAUCUUUUCUGUGUUUUUUCUGCAAUCUCGGAAAGAGCACAGACAUUCUAAGUCCCGGCGAUGUUAUUACUCCAAACGGGACUUUAUUAGUUUCCUCCAAUGGGAACUUCGCUUUAGGAUUUUUCCGUCCCGGAAACUCAUCUUCUUUGUUUCUGGGAAUAUGGUACAACAACCUCAAAGACAGUGUGAUUUGGGUGGCCAACAAAGAUUCUCCGCUCCCCGACCAAGAUUCCCACCCCCGUUUCACAAUCAGCGAUGACGGGAAUCUGCGGCUUCUCGAUGGCGCAAGAAAUAACACCAAAUGGUCGACAAACGUGUCCGGUCCCCCCGGAAAUUACGCGGCGGAGGCGCAACUGAAAGACACGGGAAACCUUAUUCUGAAGCAGGGGAAUUCCACUGUUUGGGAGAGCUUUGAUGACGGCGGGGAUACAUUGAUGCCGGAGAUGAGACUAAAGGUGAACAUGAGAACCGGAAAACGGAGCAUUCUUCAGUCUUGGACCAGCAGAGAUGAUCCCCGGCCGGGGAAAUUCUCAGUUGGAUUGGAUCCCACCGGGGCUCCCCAAAUCUUUCUUUGGAGAAAACAGUUUUCUGUUAGUAAACAGGUCCAAAAUGUUCCUUAUCUUAGGAGCAAUGUGUUCCAGUUUGGAUUUUCUCAACAUGUUUAUGUUCCAAAUCUGGGAUAUUCAGUGUACUUCACUUUUGGUGUACAAUUUGAUGAGGUUUAUUUCAGCUAUAUGUACGAUGACGAUUCGGCCCCAAUAAGGCUCUUGUUGAGCUAUGAUGGGCAUAUUCAAAUUCUGUUCAAGCCACGGACAAGUAACAAAUGGGAGAAUGUGUUGCAGUUUCAGUUUCCAGGGUCCAAUAGUCAGUGUGAAAUGUAUGGGAGCUGUGGUUCAUUUGGAAGCUGUGGGAGAAUUGGUUCGAGUUCGGUUUGUAGUUGCUUGGAAGGGUUUAGGCCGAAAUCGGAGAAAGAUUGGGGAAAUGGGAAUUAUAGUGGAGGGUGUGUGAGGAGAAUAGGAUUGGAAUGCAAUGGAGAUGAGAGGUUUAAGAGGCUUGAGUGGAUGAAAUGGCCUGACCAUCCAAUUUCAAUGGGGAAUGUGACAUUUUCGGAAUGUGAAGCUCAGUGUUUCAGGAACUGCUCCUGCACUGCUUUUGCUUACACCAAUAUUAGUUUCACUGUCAAUUGUAUAAACUGGUUUGGGGACUUGGUUGAUUUGGGUCAUAACAAUUCAGCUGCCAUUAAUGAUCUCCAUCUUCGAGUUCAUGCCUCUGAGCUAAAUGGAAUUGGUGGAAUUGAAAAUUCAGUUCACAAAAGCAAUAGUCCAGUGCAUGUUGCAGUAAUAGUAGUUUCUUUGGUCUUUGCACUCUUUCUUAUUAUUAGUGUUUUGGCUUGUAUCCUCAUCAAACGGAAAUACUUUACAAAAAAAGAUUGGGUAAUGGCUAGCUCAAAGUCAAAUGCAUUUCUGGUUGGAAAAGGAGAUGGAGAGUUGCUGCAACUGAGUUUGGAGAGAAUAUUAAAUGCUACAAACAACUUCGAUGAAGCAAACCAGCUUGGAGAGGGUGGAUUCGGUCCAGUAUAUAAGGGAUUUUUAUCAGAAUUUGGGAUGGUAGCCAUCAAAAGGCUAUGUAAGCGAUCAUCACAAGGUUUAGAAGAGUUCAUGAAUGAGUUGAAGCUAAUUGCAAAACUACAGCAUAAAAAUCUGGUUAAUCUAUUGGGUUGUUGCAUUGAAGAUGAUGAAAAAAUACUAAUUUACGAGUACCUGCCAAACCGAAGUUUGGACAAAUCGUUAUUUGUUGAGAAAGAUAAUUUGGACUGGGAUACACGUAUUCAAAUAAUAGAGGGAGUUGCUCAAGGAAUUCUUUAUCUUCACAAAUAUUCGAGAUUAAAAGUCAUUCAUAGAGAUUUAAAAGCAAGCAACAUUUUACUUGAUGAAGAAAUGAAACCAAAAGUUUCAGAUUUCGGGAUGGCAAGAAUUUUUGGCCUUGACCAAACUCAAGCAGAAACAAAUCGUGUGGUUGGAACAUACGGCUAUAUUUCACCGGAAUAUGUAUUACAUGGACAAUUUUCUGAGAAAUCUGAUGUGUUCAGUUUCGGGGUACUAUUGUUAGAAAUUGUUAAUGGUCGGAAGAAUUCUGAAUUUUUUCACUCUCAACUUUCAGUCUCCCUCAUUGGAUGGGCAUGGGAAAAUUGGAAAAAAGGACAAGCACUCGAAUUUGCUGAUCUCGCAAUAAAGGAAUCAUCAUGCGACUCUCUCCAGGUUAUAAGGUGUAUUGAGGUGGGACUUUUAUGCGUUCAAACAAUCCCAACAGAUAGACCAACAAUGUUUGAUGUGGUUCUAAUGUUGAGCAACCCUACAUUAGCAAUUCCACUGCCUAAAGAGCCAGCUUUUGUGAUUACCAACCAUUCCACUACCACUGUUUCUAUGUGUUACACAGAAUCAAGUGAUUGUUAUUCCAAAAAUGAGGUUACAAUUAGUGUUAUUGAACCUCGUUAAAAAUCUCAUAUUUUGUAUAAAUAAUUUAUUUUCAUUUUAGAUGUUAGACUAGUGUAUAAUAAAUUCUCAAUAUGAAUUUUUAUUGAAAAGAUAUUUGUAUUAUAGUUGUGAUUAUUCUUAUUCCAAAAACAAGGUUACAAUUAGUGUAAUUGUGUCUUGUUUAAA